AUGGACUCUGCUACUGUCCUCAUAUCCAAGCUCCAGCAUCUGGCGUCGAGGCUCAGCAGCGAGGAUGACCGUGAAGCAAGAAAGGAGUGCUUGCAGAUCAGCAAGGCCCUCACGGCGCAGCUUGAGGAACCAGAGAAUGUGGCCGUUGACAUGAUCUUCUCUCCUAUGGUUGCCGUCAGUGCUCGCAUUGCAGUUGAUUUGAAUCUCUUCGCUCUCAUUGCAAAGGAAGAGCCCGUUACCUCUGCCAGGCUCGCUGAGCUGGCUGGUGCAGAAGAGCUGCUGAUAAUACGUAUCUUACGGCCUCUAUCUGCUAUUCAGUUUGUCGAAGAAGUUGCCCCAAAGACAUGGAAGGCGACUCGUAUCACCAAGGCCAUGGCUAUCGAAGGAAUAGCUGCUGGUCACCGAAUGAUUUCACGUUUUGUCGUUAUCUCGAUGCAAAGUGCCCCGGCCUACCUAAAGAAACAUGGCUAUGCCUGUCCAACCGACCCCAACGACGGCUUAAUGCAAUACGCCUUUAACUCCAAGAAAAGCGCGUUCGAGCGAAGACUUCAAUACCUUCAUGGGCAGCACAAUGGGUGCCCGGAGUACUGGGUGGACUGGUACCCCGUUCAGAGCCGAAUUAUCGAUGGAGCAUCUUCCGAUAAGGCUUUGCUUGUUGAUGUCGGUGCAGGCAGAGGCCAUGACCUGCUUGCGUUCAAAGAGAAGUUCCCCAACACGGGCAAAUUGGUUCUGGAAGACCUUUCAGCGGUAACUGAGACUCUAAACGAUUUGGAUCCAGCAAUUGAGAAAGUCCCAUAUGACUUUUACACCGAUCAGCCUGUUAUAGGUGCAAGAGCCUACUUCUACCACCAUAUACUCCAUGACUGGUCGGAUGUCUGCUGUCUGAAGAUUCUCGAGAAGGUGGCCGCAGCUAUGACUCCAGGAUACUCCAAGCUACUCCUACAUGAGAUGCUCGUCCUCGACCAGGGAGCCCCUCUAUUCCAGGCAGAGCUGGACAUGACCAUGAUGGCCUUCAAUGGAGGAAUGGAACGUACAAAAGAUCAGUGGACCGCGCUGCUCGAGAAGGCCGGUCUCAAGGUAGUCCAAUUCUGGGACCCAGUUGACGAGGGAGGCGAUGGCAUUGUCGAAGCCAUGAAGGCAUAA